CAUCUUAAAUGGAGUUUUCUCCCCACACUUCCGUUUUUAUUUAUUUUUGUUUAAUCAUUCUGUCAAACAAUAAUAGUCAUGUUGAUGUUGGUUCUAGAAAAUAAUUUACAAUAGAAAUUUACUUAGAAUGGCGACUCAGGUAUGCAGUAAUGCUGUGAAGCUGUUCGUUUAUGACAUUAGUAAAGGCUUGGCUAAAGCAAUGUCUAUGCCACUGUUGGGUAAACAGAUAGAUGGUGUUUGGCAUACUGGUAUUGUUGUUUAUGGUGAAGAGUAUUAUUUUGGUGGAACAGGUGGAAUAGAAUGUUGUCCUCCAUGCGGUACUAUUCUAGGUCAGCCUGAUAAUGUCAUUGAUCUUGGUGAAACACAAAUACCGAAAGAAACGUUUUUAGAUUAUCUAAAUGAAUUAUCUAAGUCAGUAUUCAGUGCGAAUAAAUACAAUUUAUUUGAACACAACUGUAAUAACUUUAGUGAUGAAGUAGCUGAGUUUUUGACAGGGAAAAGGAUACCGUCUUAUAUUACAAGCCUUCCAGCAGAAGUUCUUAAUUCACCUCUUGGUGCUAUGAUGAAACCUAUGCUUGAUACCAUGAAUGUUCAGCCUACUGGUGGACAUACUCCUUUUGCUUCUACACAAACAUCAUAUCAACAGCCACCAUCUAAGACAGUUCCACCUAAAACUAAUACAACUCCAUCUUCAUCUUCUGAUAACCAAUUAGACAUAUCCCAAAUUCCAAUCAGUUUCUAUGUUAAUAUUGAGGAGCAUAAAAACACAUUGAAAGGAGAAGAAGUCCAAGGAACAAUAAAAUCAGCUACUUCUGAUGUUGGUUUAAAUUUAUGGAAUGAAAUAUUAGAAUAUCUACAGAUCAAAAAUCCAACCUGGUCCCUUAGUAAAGACCAUCUCCACAUCUUAGGUCAAAUAUUAUGUGAUCAAUCUAUAAAGACAAUAGCAUGGCAAUCAACAUGUUAUAUGUUACAGAAUUUAUUAUUAUUAGAAGAUUUUAUACCAGUUGUUGUAAAUAGUAGUGAAAAUACACUAGGAGAGAUUCUGUCUACAUAUACACAGUUAUCUCCUGAAAGAAAGAGCUCUAUUGUAAAAGUGUUAUGUAAUGUAUUAACCAGUAGAGGAGGAAGAAAUAUGUUAUUUGGACCUAGUAAAGAUGUGAUAUUAAGUAAACACUGUGUUAGUAUUUGUUGUAAUAAUUUAUUAGAUGCUUCAGCAGGUGUUGAUCUCUUACAGCCUAGUGCGGCUUUGGCUUUUAAUAUAAGCUUAGCUGAGAUUGAUGGAGAAGUUGAAAUUGAAAUGUGCAGUGCUAUUACAACAACCUUACAACAAAAUGUUGAUGAAAAUACAGCUGUAUAUCUACUGUCUUUUUUGUUAAGAAUAAUGAGAAGAAACAAUGAGGUUAUAUCUUUAGUAGCCUUGUUGGGAUGUCAAUGGCCAAAUUUGAAUAAUCUCUCAGAAAAGGUGAAGAGUCUCCAUUCCUCAGUGGAAUUCUUUUGUGCCAGUUGAUUAUGGACAGCUGACUUUUUUGUAUAUUGAAUGUCUUUCCAGAAUCUACUAAAGAAAAUGUUAUAAUACGCCUAGAUUUUAUUUAUAUGUGCAGUGUAAUAUUGGUACUAAUAUUAUAUUAAUAUUGUAUAAUGUUGAUUUUUUUAAUGUAAAAGAAAUGCUUUAAAUAAAAUUAGAAAAUAGAAUAA